UUUAUUCAAAAAUGACAAAAGGAAAAAAUCGACAUAACUUUUGCGACAUGACAAUUCUGUUUGAUGGCAUCCUCAAUUUAUUUUUACAGCACAAAUAGAAAAAUUUAAGCACUGUUUUUAUUAAUAAUUUAUCAUCAACUACGAUCUAAACAACCAUAUAACAAUAACAUCAGCCAUGGCGGUUAUAAAUCAACCUAAUAGUCAGAUCAAAUUGACUAAUGUUUCCUUAGUUCGUAUGAAGAAAGGAAGAAAAAGAUUUGAAAUAGCAUGUUAUCAGAAUAAAGUUCAAGAUUGGAGACUGAAAGUUGAAAAAGAUCUUGAUGAAGUAUUACAAAUUCCUCAAGUGUUUCAAAAUGUAUCUAAAGGUCAAGUGGCUAACAAUGAGGAUUUAAAAGAAUCAUUUGGUAGUACCAAUCAACAAGAAAUCAUUUUAGAAAUCUUAAAUAAAGGUGAAAUUCAAUUAAAUGAAAAGGAAAGAUCAGCUAAUUUACAACAAAAGCAAAAUGAAUUCUUAACUAUCAUCUCUACAAAAUGUAUAAAUCCAAAAUCUAAAAAGAGAUAUCCACCAACCAUGAUUCAAAAGGCAUUAAAUGAAGUUAAAUUCCAUUUAAAUCCUACUAAACCUGCCAAAUUACAAGCAUUAGACGCUAUUAAAUUACUUGUGGAAAAGCAAAUUAUUCCCAUUGCAAGAGCUCAAAUGAAGGUUAAAAUAGUAUUGGUAAGAAAAUUACAUCCAAAGGUUUUUAAAGAUGAUAUUGAACAAUAUAUUGAUCAUAUUGAAGAUGAAGAUAAGAAUGAUAAAACUUUCCAAUGUACUGGUAUCAUUGAUCCUAUCAAUUAUAGAAAUUUAGUGAGUAUUAUUGAAGAAGGUGAAGGUAAGAAAGUUGGUAAAGGUGAAGGUAGUAUAGAAGUUCUUGAUAUGGCUGCUAUCAAGGAAACUUAAGUUGUAAUUAUUAUAGAUUAAUAUAUAUAUAUUUAUUGGUAUACUUA